UCAUCUUUGGGUUUUCAAAUGCAGGUUCUGAAGGCACAGAGUGCUGCUAAAGCAAAAGGCUACUCUGAUGUUCUGUACCUUGAUAGUGUAAACAAAAGAUAUCUAGAGGAGGUUUCCUCUUGUAAUGUUUUCAUUGUGAAGGGCAAUCUGAUAACAACUCCUGCAAUUGAAGGAACCAUUCUUCCUGGUAUUACACGAAAGAGCAUAAUUGAUGUAGCUGUAAGCCAAGGAUUUCAGGUUGAAGAACGGCAUGUAUCUGUGGACGAAUUGCUUGGUGCUGAUGAAGUGUUCUGCACAGGAACUGCAGUGGUUGUAUCUCCUGUGGGCAGCAUUACUCGCAUGGGCAAAAGGGUAACAUAUGGAAGUGAUGGGGUUGGUCGUGUAUCACAACAAUUAUAUUCUGCUCUUACUAGCCUACAAAUGGGACUAUCAGAGGAUAAGAUGGGUUGGAUUGUCGAGCUGAAGUGAGCUUUGGCAUCUAAGUGAUAGUAGUACCUUUGUGUUCUCCUUUUCCUAAAAUUUGUGUGUAAGUUUUCGACUUGUUGUGACAUGUACUUGUCUCUUUAUCAGUUAACAAUUUCGGUUGUUACAUCUCUG